AUGACAGAAGUGACACUGUCCAACUUCGACGACCUCCUACCCGAAAUCGAAGCCGCAAUCGCUGGCGCCGCAUUCGUGGCCGUAGACACCGAGUUCACGGGCCUGGUCCGCGAACCGGCCGCCGCGCCGAGCCUGUUCGACAGCGCCGACGCCCGCUACCAAAAACUCCGCCAGACCGUGUCCAGCUACAUCGUCUGCCAACUCGGACUGUGCACCUUCACGUCCGUGCCUUCGGAGAACCUUUACAAAGCGUCCGCGUACACCAUCUACCUGUGUCCGCGCUCGUUCGGCAGCACGGACCCUCAGUUCAGCGUGCAGGCGUCUUCCAUUGAGUUCCUCUGCAGAAACGGCUUCGACUUCAACAAGUGCUUCUACGAGGGCCUGCCGUACGCCGACCGCGCGUGCAGGCGCGCCAUCGACGGCUACGUCGUCGACGCGGACCUCGACGACGCCGACCUCCAGCCGCUGUACGACCAAGUCCGUCGCUGGUCCGCGGCGGACUGUAAAGAUCCGUUAAAGGUCGAGUCCCCGGCGGGUCUCAAUCCACACCUCGUCGCCCUAGACCUCAAGACCCGCUUUCCAAACGUGGCUUGCACGCUAAGCCGCGAGGGUCUCGUACUGACGCCGGUGUCGGCUAAGCCGCAGCGUCCGUCGGCGUCCCGGGAUGACGUCAUCAGGGACUCUCUCCUGGGUUUCAGUCGCUGCUUCGAGACGCUGGUGAGGAGCGGCAAGCCGCUCGUGGGCCACAACAUGCUCCUCGACCUCCUCCUGCUCCUCCACCAGUUCAGGGAACCACUGCCACGUUCCUACGCCCGCUUCAAGACCGUCCUGGGAAGCCUCUUCCCCGUCGUCUACGACACCAAGCACAUAUCGCUUUCGGUGCGCCAGCAGGCCAGCCCCUGGCUGCGCGAACUUCUCACAGCCGCAGACCUGUUUACCCUCCACUCGGCAUUGGCCAACGUACCGGUUCCUUUUGCACCCAAGAUACAGGGGGCGCCGGCAGUGUUACGCGCCCACGACGCCGGAAGCGACGCGUACGUGGCGGGAGCAGUGUUCAUCAAGCUGGCGCACGUGCUGGCGCAGCAAGCUGCGUCCGCUCUUCCGGCCCCGCAGCGUGCGCUGGCGUGGCCGCAACAUAGAGCCGCAGUCAAGGCCUUCGCAAACCGCAUCAACCUGAUCCGCGCGCAGUGUCAUCACGUCAGCCUGGAGGGACCGGACCCGCCGGCGGAAGAGAGACCGCCCUGGCUCUGCGUCCGGUCAAGCCGAAGCCAGGCCGAGAUCACGGCGGUGCUCGCGCGCUGCGGCAUCGUCGACGUGCGGGCAUUGUCUCCGACGUGCCUCCUGGUGGCCGUCGGCAACUUCUCGUGCGCGCGCGACAUCGUCGCCGCAUUUCAGGACGACCCCCUCGUCAGCCUGGUGCGCUACCGGCGCACCACGCACGACGCCGGACUGCGGGCGUUUCUCUGGGCCGCGACGCUGCUGGGCCUGACGCUGAGCGCCGGUUGCGCCGCGACGCUGGGAUCGUCCUUGCUGAAGUUGCACUAAACCAAUACCACCUAGAGGACAGGGCCGGCGCGUCGUCGUUGCUAGAUCCUAAACCCGCCCCAACCGGCACAGAUGCUGAAGCUCGUCGGGAGACACUGUAAAGCAACAGACGUGUCCGACUUGGCGUCGCUGCGUUGAUCCAUCCGUGACGACGCAGACCUCGUCUUGUAGGUGGUGUUGGCCGAACGGUUGGUUCCGUCCGCUCCGACCCGUCUGAACUUGCAGACGACUCCGUCACGUCGCUUGCCAGUGUCGCCUGCCGGGACGGACGAAAACUAAACGGGGCGGCAGUUCCCGUCCGGUUUAUUUCCAACUAUGUUACACGACUCACAAACUCGAACGAAGGGCGUCUCGACAGUUCAUUCGGUCGCCGACGCGUGCCGCAAUAAAACGGGUGCUGC